AUGGAAUACAUACAACAGCAAAACAAUGCCAGUCUUGGCACAAUAUUAUGCUGUAAGUGUGGAGUUUCAAUAGCUCCAAAUCCUGCCAACAUGUGUGUAGGCUGUCUACAGUCAGAGGUCGACAUCACAGAAGGAAUUCCUAAGUCUGCUACACUUUACUUCUGUCGUAACUGUGAGAGGUAUCUUCAACCUCCAAGUCAAUGGAUAUCUGCAGCCCUAGAAUCAAGGGAACUUCUAGCAGUCUGCUUGAAGAAAUUAAAAUCUGGUUUGAGUAAAGUUCGUCUGGUGGAUGCUGGCUUUAUCUGGACUGAGCCACAUUCUAAAAGAAUCAAAAUGAAACUAGCUGUUCAGAAAGAGGUGAAUAAUGGUGCAAUUCUUCAGCAAAAUUUUGUCGUGGAGUUCACUGUAAACAAUCAGAUGUGUAAUGACUGCCAUAAAGUGGAAGCAAAAGACUAUUGGAAAGCAGUAGUACAGCUACGGCAGAAGGCCUCUCACAAGAAGACUUUCUUCUAUCUUGAGCAGAUGAUGUUGAAACACCAGGCACAUAGUAACACCGUUAAUAUCAAGGAAAACUAUGAGGGUUUGGAUUUCUUCUUCGCUCAGAAGAAUGAUGCAAGAAAGUUGACAGAGUUCAUACAGCAAGUGGUACCAUGCAGGUAUAAAACUGCACAAGAGCUAGUAUCACACGAUGUGCACAACAAUACCUAUGUAUACAAAUAUACAUACUCAGUAGAGAUUGUGCCUAUAUGUAAAGACAACAUUGUGUGUCUGUCAACCAAGAUGGCCCAGUCACUUGGGAACAUCAGUCAGAUAUGUAUCUGCCAUAGAGUCACACAGACUCUGCAUAUCAUAGACCCUAACACACUGCAGGUUGCUGAGAUAUCUGGCACCACUUUCUGGAGAGAUCCAUUCAAGACACUUUGUGCCCCCAAAGAUUUUACUGAGUACAUUAUAAUGCAGCUUGAAUUCAUUGAACCCAGCAAGCAUCGUCAUCCUCUUUCAACCAAGCAUGUGUUAGCAGAGGUUUGGGUGGUCAAGGCAAGUGAGAUAGGUUCCGAUGAAGGCCAGUACUUUUGCAAGACACAUCUGGGACAUUUACUCAAUGUAGGCGAUUCAGUAUUGGGGUAUGAUCUGCGCUUCAGUAAUGUUAAUGAUGCAAAUCUUGAGAAAAUGUCCCCUGACAGGAUACCAGAUGUGGUGAUAGUAAAGAAAGUGUACGCAGACAAGGCGAAGCGAAAUAGGAAGAGGAACUGGAAGUUGCGUCACAUGGAUCGUCUUAUGGAGGGAUCCCAGACCUCAAGUAUUGAAAAUCAGUACACAGAUUUCUUGGAAGAUCUGGAAGAGGACCCUGACCUCAGACACAAUGUCAACAUUUAUAAAGAUACUAACAAGAUUGCUGUGGAUCAGGAUGACACAGAUGAUGAGAAUGUUCCAACUGUCAGUCUUCAAGAGAUGUUGGAUGAUCUUCACAUAUCAACUGAUGCAACUGGAGAAGAGGGUGCUGAAAUGCAAGAGUGACGGAGUAGCCGUGGAGAUGUGGAUUUAUGUGGACUACCUGAUCAAAGACUGGUGUAACGUUGGAGUCAUCGAUUGUUGAAGAGAUCAUGGCUUGUAGUUCACAAAUACAUUGUUGAGAACUAAAUAUGGAAAUAUUAAUUUAAGGCAAUAGACAGAUAUGCAUCAUAUUCAAGGAC